AAUGUGGAGUAACAAGCUUUAAGCUGCAGGCAGUGUCAGCACCAGUAGGGGGAGCUGUAGGCGAGGAGCCAGAGGAGGAGAUGGUGGCCACCAUGACCAAGGCUGUCCUGCAAGUGGCACAGAAGAAGGUGUUGUCACAGGUCCAGAAGAAGGCCUUCAUAGAAAACACAAUUCCUCUGAUCAUCAGCCUAAAGAACCUUCUGGAGCAGAAACGAUCUCCUGUCCUCAAAGACCUUAUGGCCUACCUCCAGGUGACGAUGCAGGACUACCGUAACAAUGUGAAGGAGAUCUUCGCUGGAGAUGAGCAGCUGGCGGCUGAAGUGGAGUUUGCUCUGAAGAUGGCAGAAAAGGAAAAGGAGAUGCAGGAACAGAUAGAGAACUGCAGCCUGACACCAGGUGACCAAACACCCACUGCAAAGGUCAGAAAAAAGCCCUAAAGAUGACAAAAUGAC